CGUCAAGCAAAACAGUUGAACCCUUAUGCAUAUGACAAGCUUCUUUAUAAGCAACAAAUGCGCUCCAAUCCCGAUGCUAUUGUGAAAAUUGCCAGUCCAACGAGAGGCGCUCGGUCCACAGUCAGGGAUCCGGCUAAUGAGGAGACUCAAGAAGAGUGGACGAUGCCGCAGGAUGUUCCUAGUGACGAAGGCAAUUCUCCAGGAAGGCGCAGAGGAGGGAAGCAGAGAGUCCCUCUUCCUGAUGAAAAUAUCCAAGCAGGGUCGGGACACGAAGCACACAACUCCUCAUGGGAGCCCAGAUUUUUGCAAGAAUUAUCUAGCAGCGACGAUGACGAUGAUGACGCCCGGAAACUAAUCCGCGAAGCACGCAAAGCGAGAGAAGGGCGAGCUGGGAAGAGACCAAUGCCAGGCA